AUGUCUUUGGUAAGCCAGAAUGCACGCCACGGCAGCGCAGAGACCACUGUAGAUUAUAGCGACCGCCAGGGUGAGAUGCAGGAUACUAACGCCUCUGUGUCCCCCACCUCCAUGCUAGUUCCUGAUGACCCCCAGGACCCUCAGGCGUCAGUUGACCCUCAGGGUGUCAGCAUUUCCAAAGUUGAGAAGGACCCGAACGACCUCAAAGCUCUGAUUGACUAGCAGUUCCGACGUUUGGGGGUGCUCAGGGUCCACAACCCUUUGGAAGACAGGUCGAUUGCUUUGGUGAAUUUCAUGCGAAUGAAAAGCCAGAAGGGGUCUAUUCAGCAGAAAGAGAUGUUGGGGUUCCUCAGAGAAUACUCAGAUCAGUUCCCUGAGAUCCUCAGGGGAGCUUCAGCCCACCUGGAUCAGGUCUUUGGGUCAAACCUAAGAGGUCUUGAUUCCCAGGCCAACAUCUACAGCCUAAUCAGCAAACGAGGUCUCCAGACCACUGGUCAUAUAGCAGAAUCCCUAGACAUGUCAAAGACAGGUCUCCUGGCCUUGGUUCUAGGCCACAUCCUCCUGAAUGGCAACCGGACAAGAGAGGUCUCCAUUUGGGACCUGCUGUUAAAGGUGGAUGAGCCUCAGAGAGUCAACAACCUCUUUGGGAACACAAGAAGCCCACUUACUACUGAGUUUGUGCACACGCAGUUCUUGGAGUACUGGCCAGUGUAUGGUACUAAUCCCCUAGAAUUUGAGUUUUUGUGGGGCUCUAGAGACCACAGGGAAAUCACAAAGAUGGAAGCCUUGACGUUUGUGGCACAGGCUCAUGCUGAAGAACCCUGGAGUUGGCCAGAAGAAUAUAACAAGGUCCUGGAGGCUGACAAAGCCAAAGAAAGAAGCCAGGCUGCUGGCUUGGAGUUCUAGUUAGAGGACACUAUGAAUGAUAAGGCAAAUGACUUGCUCCAAUUGGCUAUUAAUGUCACCGAGGUGUUGCUGCCUAUACAUCAGGAUGAGCUAUUGGCUCACGCUGGCAGAGAAUUUGAGAAAGUGUAUCCAAACAUUCUCAGUUGAGCUACUCUCAUCUUUGAUUUGUUUUAUGAGUUCUCCCUCAUUGAAAUUGAUACCAGUGAGCACAUCUACCUCCUUAUCCAGCAACCAUAAUCAGAAGAACAGCAAAUGAUGAUAGAGAGCCUGUGGAGACCAACUCAAGAAUAUGUGAUGCCAAUCCUGGGUUUGCUCUUUUUGAUGGGCAACCCUGUUAAAGAGGCCAAUGUCUGGAACUAUCUUCAGAGAUUUGAUGUGGAUGUAUGGAGAAAACAUGCCAUCAUGAGCAAGCUAAUGAGACAGUGCUACUUGAAAUGCAGGCCUUUGUCUUACUCGAAUCCAGUUGAAUAUGAGCUUCUGUGGGGUCGUCGAGCCUACCUUGAAAACACCAAAAUGAAGGCUCUGGAGUAUAUGGCCAGUCUCUACAGAAAGAGACCACAGGACUGGCCAGAGCAGUAUAGGAAGGCUGUUGAAGAUGUGGAGGCCAGAGCCAAAUCUAAGGCAACUGUCAUGUUCUUCUUUGGCCCAUAUGAAGUCUUGGGAAAAUAUAUCACUUCAGCUGGGUGGCAUCAGCUAAAGAGGCCUUGGGGAAAUGGGCACUGGGACACCAAAUCAGAAAUCAGGCAGGGCUGGCGUGGAAAGUACAAAUUGUGCUUGUUAUUUGUGUUCCAAUUCUAA